CAUAUUGACGACAGCGGGUGCAAAUCUUACUCACUUCGGUAUACAGUCUUUGUUGUACGGUGUUCUUUUGAGGGAAAUCCGGUGUUCUUCUAUUCUUCAAGUCUCUCUGUGUGGAAAGCCUUACCAUAAAGGCUGGGAGUGACAUCUACAUAAGAAACGUGAAUUCCGACGGAUGAACAAGUCGUCUUUUACUUGAAGAAAGCUUUCGACUGUUGAACUAAAUCGUGCAUUUCCCACAUCCACUGUUAUAGCGCAACUAGAAUUCUUCAUAACGUACCAUCUCUGCCUACGCUUAAUUUACAAUGUGUAGAACAAUGCAUAUGUGCAGGAAACUGCUUCUCCUCAACUUGAGGAAGAUACUACUCCUUGUACUCUUCGUGGGGACUUCCACGUACACGUAUUUGGCAUUCACUUUCCCCUACGAGGAACCAAACGAUGGUAAGAUGCUAAGGAUGCUCCAAGACGUCAGAAGCCCCUUGGAGAAACUCGAAGACGCUGGCUACAACUUAGAGCGACUUCAAGACCAAGAAUCUCCUUCAAAGCUGGUCAUACGUCCCGAGCAGCCUGAAGAAAUUGACCCACUUGAGUUCAUCUUUGGCGGUUUCGAAGACAAGUCAGUAACUACAACACCCCAACCAAGGACAAAGAAGAAAGCAGCGCCCCUAGCGGUAUCUAAACAAACUGAAGUGGCAACUAAACGAACUGCAGUCAUAGUCAUGACUCAAAUGCGGAGUGGAUCAACUUUCGUGGGGGAGAUAUUCAACCAACACCCUGACGCCUUCUACUUCUUCGAACCGAUUUGGGCACUGGAAUACAACAAAAACAAAGCGUACAACAGUACGGCAUGGCAACUAAAGCUACUAGAGGGACUUUCAAAAUGCAAAUUUGAACCAAUUCGUGACAUCAUGCAAUUUUACCUGACUACCAAGGAACUCGGUGUCAUGAAAACUUGCAGAGCGAUAGACAGCAUGUGCGACAGAUACAGAAACAAGACUAGAAAAUGGCCCGGAAGAUGUCCGAUCCCUGACGACAAAUUCACAGAAGUUCUGCAAACGAACUGCCUCAAGAACAAAUUCACUGCCAUCAAGACAAUACGACUAAACGAUAUAACACUUUUUAAGCCGUUAACGGAAGAUGAAGAACUGAAUUUCAAGAUUGUUCAGUUGGUGAGAGAUCCUAGAGCGAUCAUUGCUUCACGACUUGCUUUGGUAAAGAAUAACGUGUCCGUCACAAACCAUCUUCACAACGAUGUAGACAGAAGCGAAGUACGAACGGUCUGCGACUGGAUGACGACAAACAUGCAACCUUACCGCGACCAGAGCGAGUGGUUACGCAAACGGUACGCUCUAGUACGGUACGAGGACGUUGGUCUGGACCCCAUGACAACCAUGGCGAGAUUCUACAAGCUAAUUAACAUACCAAUGUCUAGGGACGUUUCCAAAUGGCUUGGAAGUCACACAAAAAAGGCAAAAAGGAUGAAAGACAGGAAAGACCCCUUCGGAACCAAAAAAGACCCAGAGAAAACCGCCAACGAAUGGCGGACGAGGUUGAGUUUCAAACAGGUUCAAAUCAUCCAAUCAGAAUGCAAAGAAGCUAUGACGUUGUUCCAUUACAAAUUUGUCGAGUCUCAUGAAGAACUAAAGAACAUUGAUGUCAGUCUGUACCAGAAAAGACCGCCUCAGCUUUUCUAGUAAUUUUUUUUCUUCAAUUAAAUGUUGGAUAAGUAAAAAAUAAAGAAAUUGUAGACUUUUCUUAAGUGAAUAUUUUCAUUAGGUUGGUAAUAAGUCACUGCAAAACAAAAUCAACGUUUUGUUGAUCGUCUGUAAACACCGCAUUAGAUAGCUAUGUAUAUAAAUUUUAUGUAGAUACUUUACGUUUGGGACCGCAUCUGUAAGCAGCGACUCCUAUGCUGCAGUACAUUUUGAACCAGUCAGAAUUGCCCUGAAAAAGAUGACAGACGGUAACCAAACUUGUUAAAUAUAGCACUUAGUUUCAUACAAAGAAUGAUGUUAUUUAAAGUACGAUUUUACCUCAAACGUUGUAGAUGACAUUGAAACUGUUAGGAGUCGUUGAAAGUUAAACUUCAUAGCAAGUAAGGUAAAAUCUCUCAUGUAUCGUAUACAUAAUUAUCCAAUUUUAUAUCUUUAUACCUGAUUUGAUAGAGGAACAAGUUAUGCUGUAAGAAUAGUUUUUUUUUAAUUAGGAGUUUUGUAUUUAUGUGCAUGUAGACUCAGUAUGUAUACGAUAAGAAAGGUUAAAAAUAGAGAAAACAAUGUGUUCGAUAUACUAUUGGUUAUCCAUGUAUAGGUCAUGUGAAAUAACACAUUUUCACAAAAUUGA